GUGAGACCAUUUGAACAACAAAGAUUAGAGCUAAUGGAAAACUCGGAAUAGGUUGAUGAAAUUUUAAGUGAAGAGCCACAUAAAAGUAGGACGUCAACCAACCGGAGAGAAGGUUAUGCUUCAUCAUUCCCUUCGGCAAGAAGCUAUCGUGGGAUAGAUGGCCAAGAGCAUCAAUAUCAUCAUAACAAUAAGGAAGUCUAAAUAUAUGGCCAGUCUUGAAAGAUUAUAGAGUACAUAAUUGAAUAUUUCUUUCAUCCUGAUAAUUUCUCUGUUUGAUAAAAAAUUAAAAGCCUAGAUGAGAAAGAAAAGAUAAACAUGCUGGUUUUAACUUAAUUUCACAAAGCAUAUUUCUCAGGAGGAUAACCUAUCUAGCUCAGUCGGAAGAUUUUCAUUAAUGGAGUGAAUUGUCAUUUCAAGAUAAAGAUCAGGAUUAAAAAAUUCUAACCUGAUCAAUAUGAUUGUCGAGCUAAUCUGAACCUUUAAUGAUCUGAAGGUUCUGUGGCAAUAAUGCAUGCAGCUCUUGAUGGGAUACAGUCUUUAACAAAGGUCCAAAUGUUUUCUCUACAGGAAUUGAGUCAAAAAGCAAGAUUUAGUCAGAUAUCUCAUGGUUGAACAAAUCAAACACUAUCUGGGAAUUUUUGAUUCCCAAGACAAAAGCAAACUCAUCAAAAAGUGACAAGAUCAUGAUAUGACUGGUAAACUAUUCUGAGAGACCUGCUCGUGUUUCUUCUGUUUGCAGUGCAUUGAAGAGUCUGUACGUUCAGGUCAUGAAGUCUGAGAUAUUGAAGAAAAUCCUGAGAUCAAAGCUAAAAUACUAGAGUCCAAUAAGUAUUGAAAGGAGCUAGAAAAGGACAAACCUACUUCAAGCAUCAAUACAAGAGCAUUCAGAGCUCAUAGACAUCAGUCAGAACUUUCUGGAUAUUUAUGUCCAAGAGUUCAAAGACAAAAUCUUCAAGAAAAUUGAUGAAGAUACAAGAAAUCUGAAAGAUAAUUUUUUAUUAGAAAAAUCACUCAACGCCCAAGCUCAAGCUGAGUUGGACAAAUUUGAUACCGUUGUAAAAGGGCUGGAAACACUAAGCCUCACAACCAUUGAUGUAGAAAAGCUCAGAGUGAAUAUUGACAAGAAAAUUGAAAAAGAAGACGCCCCAAAUGUCAAAGCUUUAAUAAACACUAAAGAUCUGAAAUUAUGAAAGAACUCGAUCCAGGAAAGAUACUUAUUAGGCUGCGACUCCACAAACCAAACAAAGUUCACUGAAUAUAUGAAGAAGACUCUG